AUGACAGCCAACGACAAAACCAUCCAGGGCCCGAAGAAUGAAGCCCCCGUCGCCAAUGCGUACGAGCUAUCCAAGCAGUACUUUGAUACCCCUCGAAAGCUCAAGAUCAUCACUGCUGGGGCUGGAUGCAGUGGAUUGGAUCUUGCUCAUGCAGUUGAAACUGGCCGACUGAAGAACAUUGACCUCAAGAUAUACGAGAAGAACGCCGGACUCGGAGGGACAUGGUACGAGAAUCGCUAUCCUGGCUGCGCAUGCGAUAUCCCAUCACAUAAUUACUUGUUCACCUGGGCACCAAAUCCCAAUUGGUCUUCAUUCUAUGUCAGCGCGCCGGAGAUCCUAGAGUAUAUGGAAGAUGUCGCCGAUAAAUUUCACCUCCGAAGGUACAUCACCACUCGACGAAAGGUGAUUGGAGCCCGCUGGGUGCAGGAGAAGCAGAAGUGGGAGGUCGUAAGCAGACGCACCGACGGCCGACGAAACGUCGUCUCUGCCCAAGGCGUCACCGCUGGCGAAAUAGGAGAGGAUAUCAUCGAAGAAUGUGACAUUUUCAUCAACGCUAGUGGGUUUUUCAAUGCCUGGCGUUGGCCAAAGGUUGCGAAACGGGAGGAAUACGAGGGCGUUCUCGUCCACAGCGCCGACUACAAUCCCGCCGUCAACCUACGCGGAAAGCGGGUCGCUGUCAUCGGAAACGGGAGCAGUGGGAUCCAGGCCACCGCAGCAGCUCAGAAAGUGGCCUCCCACCUGUCGGUGUUUGUCAGGAAUCCGACGUACAUCACUUCCAACAUGGGUUCACGGUUCAUUCCUCCGGGGCAGAAGCAGCUUUACUUCGAUGAAGAGCAAAAGAAGAAGUGGAUCGAAGACCCACAAUCGUAUUUACACUACCGGAAAGAAGUCGAGAAAGAACUCAAUAUCAGAUUCCCCAUGUUCAUCCGGGACACGCCUCAGCAAGCUUUGGCGAAAGACUUUACCAUCAAGGAUAUGAAGGCAAAACUGGCCGCGAAACCUGAGCUUCAGAACCUUCUUGUACCUGAUUUCUCGGUUGGUUGCCGUCGGCCAACGCCCGGCACCGGCUACCUCGAGGCGCUCUGCGCUGAUAACUGCGAAGUGAUCUGGGGUGAGCUUGACAGCUUUACCAAGACUGGAAUAAAGUCCGCCGACGGCAAGGAGAGGGACUUUGAUGUUAUUAUUGCCGCAACAGGCUUCGAUAUGUCAUUCAUCCCCCGAUGGCCCAUCAUCGGCGCCAACGGGACAGACCUUCAAAAAGAAUGGACCAAAAAUCCCGCUUGCUACAUGUCCACUAUCGCAGAAGACAUGCCCAAUUACUUCGUCUACCUAGGGCCAGGAAGUCCCGUCGGUCACGGCAGUCUUAUCACCUCCAUCGAACGCAUUACCCUCUACGUCAGCGACAUCAUCAGAAAGCUGCAGAGGGAGAACUACACGUCUUUCAAACUCAAGCCCGGAAAAGCGCUUUCCUACCAAGCCCAGAUGCUGACGUGGCUGGACAAGACGGUCUGGGGCGACUCCUGCCAAAGUUCCUUCAAGAACGGCACCGUGGAUGGUGCUCUUCACGCUUUCCAUCCUGGAUCCCGACUGCACUAUUUCGAACUACUGAACCGGCACAGGUAUGAAGACUUCGAGUGGACGAGUGGAUGUCCGGAGCCAGAGCUGGACUUCGCGUGGUUCAAUAAUGGCUUUUUGGAACAUGAGCUGGAGCCAGAUGCGGAAGGCGAUCCUACGUAA